UCUCUGCAGGACUUGGAGGAGUUCGUGGAUGGCUCAGGGGACGACGGCUUUAUUGUCUUUACUCUGGGCUCAAUGGUAUCCAGCAUGCCUGAGGAUAAGGCUAAACAGUUCUUUGAGGCCUUUCGGCAAAUUCCUCAAAGGGUUCUGUGGAGAUACACUGGAGCCCAACCUAAAGAUGUACCCAAGAAUGUGAGACUUUUGAAGUGGUUACCUCAGAAUGAUCUUUUAGCCCAUCCCAAAGCUAAAGUCUUAAUGACUCAUGGAGGUUCCCACGGUAUCUAUGAGGGGAUCUGUAAUGCUGUACCCAUGUUGAUGUUUCCACUGUUUGGGGACCAGGCGGACAAUGUACAUCGCAUGGUGUCCCGUGGUGUGGCAGAGAAACUCGGAAUGUAUGAUGUGACGACUGAAAACCUAUUGGAUGCACUAAAUAAAAUCAUCCAUGACAAAAGUUACAAAGAGAAGAUGGUGAUGCUGUCUCAGAUUCACCUGGACCGUCCUGUUCAGCCUUUGGACCUGGCUGUUUUCUGGACAGAGUUCGUCAUAAGACACAAAGGAGCCGAACACUUAAGGGUAGCUGCACAUGACUUGAACUGGAUUCAGUACCAUAGCCUGGAUGUCAUUGGCUUUUUUUGUCAUCGUUCUCUAACUGUUUUGUGGGUGACACUCAAAUGCUGCAUGUUCUGCACCCGUAAGUGUUGCAGAAAGGGGACUUCAAAGAAAAAGCAACAGUAGUGUUUCUAAUGCAACAGUCAUAAGCUUUUAUAAACUCUGUAAUGAAGUAAAUAAUGGAGGUUGAAACACUGC